AUGGCGGCUGAGGGGGGCCGGGGCCGGGACCGGGACGCGGCCCCACAGCCCCAGCUCGGCCGUGGAGAAGAUGUUUUAGAUGAGGCAACGAGGAAGGACCUGUUCACCGACACAUUCUGUAAGGUUUGCAGGGCAGUGCUGCAGUCUGAGUCCCAAACGAUGUCCCACUAUGAGAGCAAAAAGCAUGCUCGGGAAGUUUGUCUUUACACCCAAACGCACGCUGAGAAGGAUGAGAGGCAGGAGAAUGGCAAAAAGAAGAAAACAAACUAUAUUAAUUUUCAGGUGGAUGGGAGCGGUGAAGCAGAUAAAAACAAAUACUGCAGUCUCUGCAACAUGAUUUUUUCCUCCCCAAUUACUGCGUUGUCUCACUACUUGGGAAAGAUCCACGCUAAAAACCUGAAGCAAGCAUCAAGAGACAAAGUCCUGAUGGCAGCACAGAGCACGCAGUCUGUUUCUGCUGAAGAGUUUGCAUCAACCUCCAACAGAAGUUUAGAGUUAAAUGAUACAAAGUACUGCCAGCUCUGCUGUGCUCCCUUUGAUAAUCUGCUCUCGGCCCAGCAGCAUUAUGUUGGUAAGAAACACAGAAGAAACGUAGCACGGAAAAAAAUAAUGGAGGAGCUGGGAGACGAAGCUCUCCUUGCAGAAUCCAGAACAAAUGAUUCCUUAUCCUCUGUGGUUUGGCGUGGUCCUUACACGUGCCAUGUUUGUAAUAUCAUGCUUUCGUCUAUAGAAGCGUACAAGUCCCACGUGCAAGGGAAGAAACACCAGACCAAUUUAUGCAGAGCAACAAAGGUUGUCAGUCUUGUGGAGAAUUCAAAGAAAACUUAUGACUCCUUUCCAGAUGAAUUAACAGAUUGCAUUCAAGUUUCAAAAGCUAGAGGUCCAGAGCAAAGAACAUAUUUGAGAACAGCAGAAGAGGAAGAGUUUCAAAAUAAAGAUGCUGAAGGAAGAAGUGACCUUGGUGAGGUUGUAUCUUCAACCUUUAAGUGUGAACAAAGCUGGCACUCCAACACUUUCUCAGAAACCCAGUCACCUACAAAUACUGGGGAAAAGAGAUCUCCCAGUUGGCCAUCAGCUUGUGAGCAUGCUCUGGAAAAGGCACCUAAUUGUAACUGUAACGUGGGACACUGUAUAGAAGAGCAAACAUCUGAAGUGGCCACCAUCAGGGAGAAAAGCUUUAGACUAUCAGUUGCAGAAUCUAAAGAUUACUGCAAAUUUGAGGUUGAUGAAACUUUUACUAGCUGCUACAGAGAACAGAAACUUCAGAUAAAACACAAUGAGGAGGAAAAAUACAUUAGUGAAGAGCUGAAGUGUAAGAAAGAAGCCACAACACCAAAAAGGAAGGAAAAUAGUGAAGAUGCAGAUUUUGGAAAAGAAAAUGAGAGGCAAAAGCGAAUUAAAUUUGACAUAGACUCGGUAAAUGAGAAGAAAUCAAAGCUUUAUAAAGGCAAAAGUCUUAAAGAAAACCCUGCUGAGAAAGAGAGCAGAAAGCACAGAAAGGAUAAACAGAAACCACAGACAAAUGUCAAAACAGAAGAAGAGCUGCUUUGGGAUGAAUCUGUCUUUGGAUACUGA